ACGUCGGAAGAAGAACUCGCCAGCUUACUAUAUAAGCAUGAAAACCUUUGCUGUUUCAUGUGUCAUCGUGUUAGCCACACUCUUUGGCUGCGCGAAUGCCCACGGCUACAUCUCCCAUCCCAAGGCGACGUACAAGCCCAACACCGUGUACACGACCUACAACGGUGUCACCAGCGCUAACGUAAAUCGGGGAUUCGCUGGUGGAAUCUACAACCAUGAGCCAGUGAAUAACGCGAAGCAAUUCGCAGAGCACUGGAAGGCCACGGGAUACAAGUCCCUGCGCGACAUGAUUGACCCCAUUUCUCCCGGCUGCGGCAACACGAUAGACACGGCGACGCCCGUAGAUGUGAGCAGCUACACGGAUAUGUGGUGGCAAAACGACGAGUAUAAGGAGGGUUUUCUGAACUCGCACCACGGCCCCUGUGAAGGCUGGAUUGACAACAAGAUGGUCUUUCACUACGACGACUGUGUUGCUGAAUUCCCGUCGUACCCGGCCAAAAUACCCACGGACUACUCGUCGUGCAAGGGUGACAAGUGCUUGUUUGUCUUCUACUGGUUGGCACUCCACUCGCCGGAAUGGCAGAUUUACAAGCAAUGCGUUCCUAUUUCGAACGGAGGAUCUGGUGAUGUCGCGAGCGACGCAUCAACAGCGAAUCAAACAACUCCUGAAGCUGCUCCUGCCGCACCCGAAGCGACAACGGCUGCUCUGACGACGGAUUUUACGAAGAUUGACUCGACUCCAGCUCCGGCAGAUACUCCUCCUACCGUCACGAGUAACGAAACACCAGGAACCGGAAAGAGUAUGUGCAAGGGUCGCAAGCGGAGCUAAUUCUAAGCUAGUUGGGACUUUCAUGUUGUGACAAGCCCAUGGUGUUGAGUUGAAGUGGGGCUGACAUAUAUUCUCUGCGUAAUAAAUGUACUUUGAGUUUUCAACA